GUCACAGAGCCUGGGUGCAUGUAGUGACAAGCAUUUCAGGUUUAACAGACACAAUGGCACCUAAAAAUAUUGCCAUUUUCGGGGCUACCGGAAUGACUGGUUCUGUGACAUUGGCACAAGCUUUGAAUACAGGAUACAAUGUAAGUGUCCUGGUGAGGGACCCAGCCCGCCUCCCAUCUGGACAAAAACCAACCAACGUCAUAGUUGGAGAUGUACUAAAUAAAAAUGAUGUUCUGAAGACACUUGAGGGGAAGGAAGCUGUAGUGAUUGUUUUGGGAACAAGGAACGACCUAGGGCCUACCACCAUGAUGUCAGAGGGGACUCGGAAUAUUGUGGAGACAAUGAAGUUGCAUGGAAUUCGCAAAGUGGUGGCUUGCAUGUCAUCUUUUCUGCUGUGGGACAUAGCCAAAGUUCCACCUACUUUGUUGCCAGUAACAGAGGAUCACAUACGAAUGCACCAAGUUCUAAAGGACUCCGGCCUGGAUUAUGUGGCUGUGCUGCCUCCACACAUUGCAGCUGACAAGCCAUUCACUGGAGACUACACGGUGACAGUGGGAGCCCGUGGCGGUAACGUGAUAUCCACACAUGACCUCAGUCACUUCUUCCUUCGUUGUCUGACAACAAAUGAAUAUGAUGGAAAAAGUGUCACUUUAUCCCGGGACUAUUCUAACCUAUAAUACAUUUUCUGCAUGUGAAGUGAUAACAUGCCAAUUUUAUACUAGCUAAUAAUUAAAUACAUUUCAAGUGCAUUUAUGUAAUUUCUUUUGCAGAAAGACAACAAAAGCAAAACCGGUAAAGCUGAAACAGUUCUAUUUCCUUGUGAAUUAAAUUGUAAUAUCAUGAUCAUAACCUUUUCAUCCAUAGUUUUAUGAAUAAUCUGUUGCCUGUUAACAUAUUAAUUGGUUUCUCUUAAUAUAUUAAGAGAAAAUGCAUAUUUUUCAUUUAAAUAAACAUGGCUAAAAAGA